CAGGAGUAGGCCUAGGCCCUUAGUCCCCCGCGCGGGCGCGGGUGGAUCUCCCGGGCUCCGAAAGCUUCUUGGGUCACUCUCCGGCCUCAAUCUAGACGCCCUACUCCUGUUUCCCCUCAGAGCAUCAGGCCCGUUCCAGGCGGGACUACAUUUCCCAGAAGUCUUCGGGGCCUAGGUGAGCCAUCCGGGCCCUGCUGACUCCAUUUCCCAGGCAGCUUUGCGGCGUCCGGGCUCUGAAGAGUACACUUCUAAGAAUCCUCUCGCGGUAGGGCCGCGGUCCCCCUCCGGAGUUUCCGAACCGUCGGGAGACUUCGACUCCCGGAGGCCUUUGCGGCUGACUAGGGCGACUACAUUUCCCAGAGGCCUCUGCAGCGCCGCCACCGGAAGCGGCGAGCGAGUCGAGUGUCCUUGCGCGCGGAGCCGAGGGACCAUGGUUCCCCGAGUGUGGUCGCUGAUGAGGUUCCUCAUCAAGGGCAGUGUGGCUGGGGGUGCCGUCUACCUGGUGUAUGACCAGGACCUGCUGGGGCCAAGUGACAAGAGCCAGGCUGCCCUUCAGAAGGCUGAGGAGGUCGUGCCCCCAGCCAUGUACCAGUUCAGCCAGUACGUGUGUGAACAGACGGGGCUGAAGAUGCCCCAGCUCCCAGCCCCUCCAAAGUUUAACUUUCACGUCCGUGACUCCUGGAAUUCAGGCAUCAUUAAGGUGAUGUCGGCUCUGUCGGCGGCCCCCUCCAAGGCCUGCGAGUACUCCAGGGAGGGCUGGAACUACCUGAAGGAGCGAAUCAAGUAGCCCGUCAGAGGAGGCCACCUGCCCCAGCCAGGACCAGGGGCAGGGAUGUCACAGACCCGGAGACUCCGGACUGGGGCCGAGACCCCACUCCAAGGGCGGCUCCCGGCCUUGCUGGCCCAAUAAAGGACUUUGGAAGUGCUGCC